GGGAACAAUUAUUUAAUGAAUCAAAAUGGCAUAGACGUUUCGUACUUGAAAAACGAUUCAUUCCAAAACAUAUAACACUUGAUAUCGCUAAAUCAAUUUUAUUUGUUGGGAAAGCCAUAGCAACAGUAAGGAAUGCUACUAAACCAUAUGAAAAAAAUAGUACAUUGCCACGUUCACUUAAUUCUUUACAUCUUCAACAUCUUUUAGAACUUUCAUCAAGAGUGAUAUUUCAUCAAAUUGAAUUAGAAAACACGGUAACAAUCAUUAGAAAUAAUGUAGCACAAUGGUUAUGGCAAGUUGUUUUGACUGGAGAUAAAAUUAUUGAAUGUUUAGAAGCUUUUAGAAAUUAUUUUCUAUUUGGACAAGGGGACUUUUCUAUUUCACUUGUUGAUCAAUUUGAAAAGUUAAGAACUUCAAGACCAAAGGGUUUGACAAUUAAAGAUCAAGAAUUAAAUUCACUUUUAGUUCGUGCAUCUAUCGGAACACUUGCCGAAAAUGAUUCAUCAUUUGAAAAAUUUCGAUUUAGAAUUCAGAAUGCAAAUGACAAGCAAUUCGUAACGAGAACUAAUAUGUUUGAUAAUAUCACAAUUAAUGUACCUCUUAGAUUUGAAUAUGAUAUUGAGUGGCCUUUAGAUUUAUUUGUUACAAAUGAAGAUUUGGCUAAAUAUGGUGAUAUAUUUUCAUUUCUCUUUUCUCUUCGACGUACACAAAUACGACUUCAAAAAGUUUGGACACAUCUCACGAUAACUGAAAAAAUGGAUAUUAUUGAGACCAACUUUAGAAAACUUGUUCAUCGUAUCAAUAUAUCUUCAGCACAACAUCAACAAUUCCGUAAAUUAAAGAUUCCAGCGCACAAGAAAAUCUCAUAUGCUAAUGAAACUAAUCUUGUUGAAACUGAACCUUUCCGUGAUUUUGAAGAUAUUCGGAUCGGUCAUUCAACUUAUCUUAGUGAUCUCUUACAUGGAUGUCUUCUUGAAUCUCGUGUUUGUUCCGACGCAAUCAAAAAAUCUCUGAAUAUUUGUGAUCAAAUUUGUGAUUUAUUAGAGAGAUUAAAUAGUAAUAUGGUGGACAAAAAUAUAUCAGAUUCUAUCAUCAAAUUAGAAAAAGAAUUUCGAGAGCAAGUUACAUUUUUGUUUCGAACUCUUUCUGGCCUUAAUAAAAAAGGCGAAGGUUUUGGUGGUCCCCCACGACAUUUAGACCAAUUGCUCUUGCGAUUAGAUUAUAGCAAUUCUCGUAACUCUCGACUUUUUACGAAUUCAGGUUAUAAUACUUCUAAUACUUCUGAACAUACUGGAUUAAUUGAAAGUUCAGAUCACAUUAUAGAACUUUCAGUUUUACCACCGAAAUGGGCUGACAUAGUUGAAGAAGUUAACGAAGACAUUGAUCACAUUAAAAAUCUUGUUACAAAGUUGGAGUCCUUUCACAGGAAGCAUGUUUUACCUGGAUUUGACGAUCGAACGGGGGAAGAGGAAGAGAUAGAAAGACGAACAACAGAAAUAACACAACUUUUUCAACAAUGUCAACGAAAAAUUAGACAAAUAGCUGAUCAAAGCAAAUCUACAUUAUCAAGUCAAGAAUUAGUCAUAAAUAAAAAUAUUCAAACAUCAUUGGCAACAAAAGUACAGGAUUUAUCAGCUAGUUUUAGGAAACAACAAUCAGUUUAUAUGAAGAAACUUAAAGGAAGAGAAACUCGAAGUUCGGAUUUAUUUUCAAUAGACAAUGAAGAUUCUCUUGAAGAAUAUGGUUUCACUGAAACUCAAUUACAAGUUGUGGAAUCAUCAGAUGUAAUAAUAGCACAAAGAGAACAUGAAAUUAAUGAAAUUGUAAAAUCUAUAAAUACAUUAGCAGAAAUAUUUAAAGAUCUUCAGACUCUCGUUAUUGAUCAUGGAACAAUAUUAGAUAGAAUAGACUUUAAUAUUGAACAAAUGGUUUUUAAUGUCAAAUCUGCAGUUAAUGAAUUAGAUAAGGCAAGAUAA